AUGGGGAGAACUCAAUCGUUUAUUCAUCUAAAACCUGCGAAUCUGCAGGCAGGGUUUGGUAGUACAAGACGCUGGAAACCAGUACUACCCACAAGAGAGACUGAUACUACUAAUGAUAUCGAUAAAAAGUUUUACAAUGACAAGACGAUGCUGAAAGUUCAUUUGAACAAAUUUCCUGAUUUGAUAGGUCAUAGCACAAGUAGAAUCAAUCGACUUUACAAUGAGGAUGCAUAUUCUAUAAAUAUAAUGAAACUACCGUCACUAGCACAAAAGAUGGAGGUUCGAAAUAAUUUAAAUGACCUGCAACGUCGAUUUGAGUUGAGCAAAGACUGGAAGAGAUCAGUUUUGAAUUUAUCAGUUUUUGAUGGACACGGUAAUAAAGGUAGAGUUUCUAAAUUGUUAGCAGAGAAUUUACACCAGUACUUAGUGGAUGUGGUACCCACUCGACAAGAAUUUGAUAAAUUACUACAAAGAUAUUGCCAAGAGAUUGGUGGCCAAUAUUGGCAAAGGAUCUAUGAUAAUAGAAAUGAUUUUUACGAAACUUUUAUCUCCAAUUGUCAAACGAAGCAAGAGUUGACAGGUUCAAGAAUGAUUUUUGACAGAUGGGGGAACAUUAUUGAUAAAAAUAGCCUACUAAGUGAAUCUGAAAGGUUAAGGAUAUUUUAUGCGUACUUGAAAUUCGAUUUAGAUCAUUGUUGUGGGUUUGCAAGUAAUAAUGACGAAGGAAAUCUUUCUUUUGAAGAAAGGUGCCAAACAUUUUCUGGAGGUUCGACUGGAUCUUCGAUGUUUAUAAGUGCCUAUGAUGAAUCGAUGUCCUUUGAAGAUGCAUUUUUCGUUGAUCCUGCAGGUUUAUUAAAACUGGUCAUUACGCAAGUCGGGGAUACAAAGAUUGUACUAUGUGAUCAAAAUGGGAUCGCUCAUAAUCUAACUAAAGUCCAUCACGCUUCAUCAACUAGAGAAACUAAAAGGUUGGAAAAUUCUAAUAACAUUGCAAAGGAUUCCUUUGGUGAAGCAAGAUUUCUCAAUAAUUAUGCUAAUACGAGGUCUUUUGGAGAUUUACCGGGUAAAGCAGAGGGACUAUCGUGUGAACCUGAUAUUUAUUCGUACUUGAUCGGUAGUAAGUUACAACUACCGCAUUCAGAAUUAUCAAAGAUGCAAUUUGGUGGUGAUGAAUGCUUCAUAUGUUUAAUUACAGAUGGUGUUUCGGAUCUCAUGUCAGAUCAGGAACUUACAGAUCUCAUUACUUCCACUGUCAAUCUAAGAGGUCUCAAAGUAGCGACUCCACAAUUCGUGGCUGAUCAAGUCAUUAAAUAUGUUAUGGCGGUCGGCGGUAGGCAAGCUGAUAAUGCAACUUGUCUGGUGAUGAGACUACCCAACUGGGGGAAUUGGCCAGAUGUUGAUCGUACUGGUGCCCAGAGGGAAAGUAAACUAAUGGCAGCUUCACAAGCUGAUCGUACUGAUGAUUUUUAA